GCAAAACUAAUUUGGGCCGCCAUCCGUCGCAAACGGACUUGCAGACGCUACCCUGACGUCCUCAUCGCGACCAUAAGCAACCCGAUUCAGACAUACAGACCCCUCUAUCCACACAUACCACGAUGACUACUCACGCAACAUCCACAGUACGCGUUCCGCGCAUAGCAAUUGAGUUCUGCACGCAAUGUAAAUGGAACUUGAGAGCAGCUUACUUUGCCCAAGAACUUCUCCAAACGUUCGGUACCAGCAUUGGGGAGAUUGCUCUCAUACCUGUAACGGGCGGGAUCUUUACAGUCACUAUGACACAUGCUGCAGCUCCCACAGCACCAGAUUCAGAAUCACCCAGUUCAGUGACAGACACAGUGCUCUGGGACCGCAAAACCGAAAACGGAUUUCCCGAGACCAAAGAACUGAAGAAUCGUGUCCGAAAUAUCAUUGAGCCUGAUCGCGAUCUGGGCCAUAUCGAUCGGAGACUGAAGAAGGAUAAGGAGGCCCAGGCAGGAAGUGGCGCGGGCGAUCCAAGCGUGGCAAAGAUGCACGGUGACAGCAACGGUCAGCAAAUUGCCGUUGGUGAAGGCAAGGCCAGCGAGCAGAAAGAGUGUGAGGAUUGUAAGUGAUCGUGCUUGGGUAAAAUACGCCACGGAUCAUCUCGCUGGUACUGAUACAUACCGAGCGCC